AUGGGUGAAGGUGAAGCCCCAGUGUUGCACGCGGAAGCUGAAGCGUUUGCAACCCAGCGGGACUAUCGCUUUGUCAAGUUCUCACCCGCAACUGGGCGCGGCAUUUGCAAUACGGUCAGCUCGCUAGUUGAGCUGGCGCACGGUGCUCGUGAUAAGUAUUCUAUAGAUCAGGAGGGUUAUACCCAGAGUACCGCCUUCCAGAUUGGGUACUACUUAGAAUUCGACCAUAUUUCUGCCAUUUUGGCCGAGUGGUCUAAGGCGAUUGAGUAUGUUAAAUCCCACCGCCAAAUUAAGCAGCAGUUGCUAACCUUACACAGCUCGAAAUCAAUUCUCUUCGGAGGCACAAAGAUCUCUGUUCUACAGAACACACUCCAGUCCAUUGGUCUCACUGGCACCAUUCAAAAGUUGUGGGGCUAUACCGCAUCUGAUAACCCGAUCAACUGCUAG